AGCUGUGCCAGGAUCUUUUAAGAUUUUUUUUUCACGUUUUUAAAGUAAUUGUGUCAAAGUGAUUCAGUCGUCAUCAAACCAGGCAACGUCACACUGGUUGUCCAACUGUUACCAUGUCACAGUAGAAGAAGAACAAGAACAAGAAGAUGAUGAUGAUGAUGAUGAUGAUGAUGAUGAUGAUGAUGAUGAUGAUGAGCUUUUCUGGUUGAGUAAGAGGAGUGUUAGAGUGAGUGGGAAGAGCAGAGCCGUAGUGAGAAAAGACGAGGGUCGGUGAUGCUGCUCAUCUCAGCACAGUGAUCGGAUGACAGACGACUGCGUGACGUCACUCACAGUCUUUUCCAUGGCUUUGUUUGGUUCUGGUGCUGACCACGCCUCCCUGCCUGCGCCCUUAUAUAGACGACCGUCUCUGCGGGAGGACACACUCUCACCCUGGUCCGUGUGGGCAGCGGGUGAACUGCAGCCACCGGAACAUGAGCUCAGAGCGCACCGUUCCGCUCGGCGCACGACAUCUUCGGCAUCUGCACUUUGACCACUUGCACGUUUUUGUAUCUUAAACAGUUCCUCCUUCGAGAGAAAUGCCUUUUCCUCCCAUCAGCCUCCCCCAGAGGAUUUCCUCUCCUGGCAGGGACUUAUUCGGGAAGAAGAAAUCUUCAGUGCCUUCUGCACCUCAGCCUGAGCUCACCAGCAGAUCCUGCACAGAGUCCGACAUGGAGAAGCAGUCUACUUCCUGGACAUCAGCGAACUUGAAGAAUUUAGGACGCAAGCAUGCGCAACCAGAGAAGAGUAGGAGCCAAGCUCAGGAGACUCAGGGGAAGUGUUCCCGGCUGACGGUGCCAAAACCUCAGGACUCUUCUGACGGAGUCCGGCGCUCCAGCUCCAUGGACUCCUCCAGGCACCUGCAGGACAAAGAGGGAAGUCAAAAGGAGAUUCAUUUCACCCUCAGCCUCACCCCCGAGGCCAUCCUCGUCAUCCAAAAACGCAACCUGGAGAAACAGAUGAUGGCGAAGCAGCAGAAGUGCUGCGCCACCGCGGACUUUCGGCAGCGGCGACUUUUCCCGUCCAAGAAGACGCACGGUGGAUCCAAGGCCUGUGCCGCCGUCUCCAAGGCGGAGAGCGCCGAGCAGGACAUCAGUGCCAUCGUCAAAAUAUCUCUGCUGAAUGAUCAGUACAAGUACGAUGACGUAGAGUACGAGGAGGAGGACGGAGACGUGGAUGAGACGGUCGUGAGGAAAUGUAAAGAGUGGCUGAAAGGCGUGGAGAACGCUGCAGCUCUGGGGAAAGUGGAGAAACUUUCUGCCCUGUCGCAGCUGAAGGGCUGCUGACACCGUGUGGAUGUGUUUCCAUGAACUCUAAAUGAAAAAAAAAAUGGACUCAGCUGUCAUGAACAAGUGAGCCUCACCACAGGGGGCGUGCUAACCCUCUCUGGUACCGUGUUGCCUAACUCGCUUUUGACCUGUCACAUCUCCACACCGCUUACCUUAAAAUGAUGGUGUUGUUGGUGACCUGAAGGAAAGCUAACUGAAACGUAAAAUAAGGAAAGCAGCUGUGAAAUUUUGCUCUGCAAAAAUGUUGUUAAAAAUAUUCCAUGCUGUUAUUUUCUGUCUAGUAAAACAAGAUCACAGAUAAACACAGGUAUUCGACAGCCAUUCCUUGUUUUACACAUGGUCAGGUUUAUGGUUGUUUACAGGUAGAUGCUGUACAUUUUCAAGAAUUCCAUUCAUUUCAAUGGAGCGUUCCACAACAUUCAGUAAAGAAACCAUUUUAAACAAUUUUCUUUUAUAAUGCAUUCAUAUUUAAAAUGCCAUGUACUGUAACCUGAUGGCGGUAUUGAGUUUUAAUUUAGGAAAACAAUGGUGUUACAUUUUAAACAUAUGGGCCACUAUGGUACAAUGGUACCUACAGAAAACUAAUAAAAAAAUCUAUCCCAUUUAUCAACAUUAUGUUUAAUCAGUCUAAAUUGCAUUUUUGUUUUGUACUGUGUAAUAAUUUGUACCACACAGGGUUAAUGGUUUAAAAUAAAUAAUUGCCAUUGUGAGCAGAUUUGGUUCAAGGUCUUUGGAAGGGCUGUCAUUCUGUUUGAUUCUAUAAACGAACAUCACAAUCUUUAAAUUGUAAAAAGUGAAUUUGAUUGGAUGAAGAAUGAUGAUUUCAGACAAUUGUAAAUCUGAUGUGCUGCUUGUCUUCUCUCCUCCGUGGGUCCAGGUCCUCGUCAGGCCUCAGUCUGACCCCUGCAGGUGUACUUUAUUUCACAGGCUGGUUUUCUGGGUCUGAUGCCUUUCCAGUUUGUGUUGAAGUUUGAAUAGAUCACCUUCAUGCCCUUCUCCUUUGCACAUGGUGUUUGUUUUCAGUCUGGACGCCUGUGUAAUGGCGGAGUGCUGUGUGUAAAAAGGAUGUAAAAACUGCUCCUUUGUGUUGGAGAACAAUGCGCUGUCAACAACAGGGCUGUCUUUCUGUGCUCCUGAUGCUGCUCAAACCAAACUUGAUUCUGUGUUUAUUCUCCUCUGAUGAGAGGUUUUGUAGUCACUGAUGUACAGUAUUUAACACCUCCUAAUAUUUGUAUCAGCUGAUGGUUUUACGCUGCUCAAGUAAACAGUUUUUUUCCUA